AUGAAUAAAUACACUCUUACAUUUAGAAGUGAAAAACUGGAAUAAUAGUAUCAAGAUUCUCGAUAUCGAUAUACCCUUCCUAUUUGCAAAUCUUUGAAUCUAGUCAGUUUCUUGUUGUGCUUAUUCCGAAGCAUUACUUUUAUUUUUCAGGAUUAAAUGGUAGGGUUUUUUGUAUUUCUCUCUUUAACAAUUGUCGCCUUGUUAGCUUAAUUUUUCAUUUUUAAUAACAAUAGAAGAGGGGUAGAUUAUUACUUGCUAAUCAUAAAUCAUUUUUUGAUGUUACAGCAACAAUACGUUGAAGACGGAUUUGAACCGCAAGAAUCCUUUGUAUUUGGAUAGAAUCAAUUGUUAUUAAAUAUAAUGAUAAUACUUAUUUCCGAUUUUAAAUUUAGUUCAAUACAUAUAUUGGGAAAUAUAAUAAUAAAGAUAGUGAUAUCAAAAUAUUAUCAGCCAUCAUUAUCUUAUCAAACCAUACUUUAUUCGGUCGUAAUUGGAUUGAUGUUUCUCUAUUGUAUUUUUAAGAUAAAUCAACAAUAUAGAUUGUCAUUCCUAUUUACUACUCAAGAUAAUUAGUAAGGUAUUUUAGAGUAUGAUAACUUUUUAGAGCAAUUGAUACCAUUAUUAACCGAUAGUCCUUUCGCGCUUUGUACAUAUGACAAAGAUAAUGUGCAGUUUUAAUAAAAAUUCAGUAACCUCCAACAUCAUCAAGAAUUUAAAUAGUUCUCAAAUAAUCAUGAUGCCCUUAAUUUCAUCCUUCGAAAUUACUCCAUAUAUGGACAAACGUUGGAGACAUUUUUGUUGGCGAGACAAAAGAAGUAAGAUGAUUUAAUAGUUAAUAAAAUUUUAGAACUAAAAUCAAACAAUAAUAAUCACAUAUAAAAAUUAUUUAUUCGCUAUUCUGAAUGCUUCGUAACAGAACUUAUUUAUAUAUUGAUAAUAGAUAAGAAAAGACAAGAAAUUUAACAUUUAUAAUAAUAACUAGUUAAUUAUAAAUAAGGUUUGAAUAAAUUUUAAAUUAAUUUUAGAAAUUUCUUAAAAAAAUAAAUCCUAAUCUUAGAUAAGUCAUUAAAUCAUGACUAAAACUCUAUUUAUUAAGCAAUCACUAAGUUAAUGUACAUAUUUUCAAAGUUUAAAUAUACAAAAUCCAGUAGAAUAACAAAUUAAUCAUUUUUAUUGAUGUUUAAAAAAUAUGCAAAGCUCUAUUAAUAAGCAUAUGAAUAAAAACAAAUGAGGAUUGAAUUCUGUUCAGAAAUUAAAGAAAUCUCCACAAUUGAGAAUUCUUUGGAUGAAUUUUUGAUCAACUUUUUCACCCAUCUCUUUAAAACCAAAGCUGAAAUAAUCUAAAUACAUCUUUGCAACUCUUUUUUCGAAUAAAAUGAAUUCAUUGACAUCAUUAUUAAAGUAGAUGUCAUGUCAGAAUUAUACAUGUUAUUGUAAAAGAGUACACAUUUCAGAAAAAUUCUAAAAUUGAUAAGUCCUCACGAUUACGUCAUAAUGAGUGAUGACUGUUUGAUAGUGAGAUUGUACAAAAAUAUGAAUGAAAUUAAUCAAAUGAGUUCAUUUUUAAUUAAGUCAGACUGA